ACCAAUCUGAAUAAGUGGGAGGAGCGCGUCCGCCCACAAAAGCCAGAGCUAUCUGAGCGUAUCUCCCCCUUUCUAUCUAAAAAAUGAAAGUGUGAACGAAUAAAAGGGAAAUAAGAGUACCAUACAAAUAGUGGCUGGUUUUCGGUGGCCUUCCAGGCGGCGACGACGUGCUGGGAGCAGCGGAGGCACGCGGGCACAGCAGAACAGGGGUGUUGUCCUGAUGCUUAAAUGGAAGUGGGAGGGCCUCUUCGGUAACACACCGCGAACGCCGUUGUGCAUUUCAUCCUGACAAGCGCUAAUUUGCUGCUUUCCGGACGCUCAAUCCGGCUAAAGAGACGUACUACGCGGGUGCCAGGGGACGGGGACGGCCGGAGCUUUCUCCGUUAUUUCUGUUAACCGGGAAGGGGGGAGGCUGUUCCGCUGUGAAUCCGCUUGGCACCGCCCUUCCUGGACGGUGGGUGGUUUCGUGAAAACGGGCACAUCCGCCACGGCCCAGAGCCCAACAUACAGGCCGUCCUCCGCUUCCGUACCCGGCCGGCCGGCCGGCCUUCUACCGUGAACUACACCCUCUCCCUCUUGGUAUAUUAAUGCGUUAUGAGUGACUCUAAGAAGGAAUCAUCGGGAACUGAAGGAGGGAAAGUGUCAAAAAAGGGGAAAAAUUCUGCAUCGCAGGAUUCUUCUCAGCCCUCUCCGUUGGCUUUGCUGGCGGCCACCUGCAGUAAGAUCGGAGGGCAGGGGGGAGCAGAGGGGACCCAGGUCCAGACGGGGCCCCAGCAGAUCCAGCUCCAGGCUGGUCAGAUUCAGCUGCAAGCAGGUCAGCUCCAGGGUCAGAUUGUAGUCGACACAUCUGGGAGCCAGGCCCUAGUUCCCCAGCAGCUGGAACUGGUCCCGGCUCAGUUCACGGGGAACGGGUGGCAGAUCAUUACAGCACCAGCUACCAUGGCCAAGGAGAACACCAACCAGCCGGUAGCUGUAACAGUGGCCACUACCGUUCCAAAUGACAGCUCACCUGGACGCAAGCUGAAAGCCGUAGCUGGGACCAACAGUGUGGCCGCCAAUCAGCAACAGCAGUUCCAGAUCAUCCAGGUUCAGAACUUGCCCAAUUCCGGAGGCGGGGUCCAGUACCAGGUCAUCCCUCACCUGCAGACUGCAGAUGGACAGCAGAUCCAUAUCAACCCAACCCAGCAGGCUUCCAUCGGGGCUCUGCCCGAGCAGCUCCAGCUCAUUCAGAGUCCGAGUCAAGGCCAGGCUCAGGCCAUUCUCCAAACAGCCAACCAGCAGGCCAUCUUGUCAAGUACAGCCAAUCAGACGGUCCCCCUGCAAAUCCGUCCCGCUCAGUCUUUCCCCCUGCAGCUGCAGACCCUUCAGGGCUCUCAGACUCCCGUCAUGACCACAGUACCCAUCAACCUUGGUGGCAUGACCCUGGCUUUGCCUGUGAUCAAUAAUGUUGGAGGAGGCGGGGCCGUGCAGCUUAUCCAAUCAGCAGAUGGCACUUUUUCUGUUGCCAGCGGCAACCAGUUGAUGACGACAUCAGCGGUGUCUGGGGCAGCAGCAGUAGGUGAAGGUGACAGUAUGUCAGAUGGAACACAAGUGGUCUCUGCUGGUAUUGAGGGCGCAACGACUGAAAACCAAGCACAAAGCACCGAGGCAGACUCUCAAAGUCAGAACCAGGCCAAUGGAGUCCAAAGCCAGGCAGACGCACUGGGAACAAUUCAACAGGUGAUCGUGGGGCAAGUGGGACAUCAGCUGGUGCAGCAAAUCCAGCUGCAGCCCCAGGCUCAAAGUCAAAACCAAGGGCAGCAGCACAUUCAGACUCUCCAGCUGGCCCCUGGUCAAACUCUACAGCCCAUUCAGGCCUUCCAGAACCCAGCCCAGGUCCUUGUUCGCACACCCACCCUGUCCCCUUCCGGGCAGAUUUCCUGGCAGACGCUGCAGCUCCCUGGUGGUGUUUCCCUCCAGGGCAGCCUGGGAUCGGCAAUGCCACAGCAGCUCACGCUGGCCCCGGUGGCUGGUGGGACAACAGUGGGGAGUGGAGGGUUGGUCUCCUUGGGCGGCACUCCUCUGACACUGAGUGCAGCUCAAAUCAACCCAGGAUCCGGUGUACAGACGGUCAGCAUCGCCGGGCUCGGUAACGCCGGGGUUCAGGUGCAGGGUGUGCCCCUCACCAUCACAGGUCUACAGGGUCAACCGCAAGGGCAGGAUGGGGUCAAAGUUCAGUCGUCGCCUGUGACGGUCGCCGUGGGUAAUGUGGCAUCCAGCUCAUCAAUGAGUCCAGACCAGUUAGGCUCUGUGCAGAGUUCCUCAGACCAAGAGGGACCACCCAGCAAGAGACUCCGUCGAGUCGCCUGCUCCUGCCCAAACUGUAGAGAUGGAGAAGCAAGAAACAGUGGGGACCCCACGAAGAAGAAGCAGCACAUCUGCCACAUGGAAGGCUGCGGGAAGGUAUACGGCAAGACCUCCCACCUGAGGGCCCACCUGCGCUGGCACACGGGCGAGAGGCCGUUUGUCUGCAACUGGAUCUUCUGUGGCAAGAGGUUCACCAGGAGUGACGAGCUGCAGAGGCACCGGAGAACGCACACAGGGGAGAAGCGCUUUGAGUGUCCUGAAUGCUCCAAGCGCUUCAUGCGUAGCGACCACCUCUCCAAGCACAUUAAGACUCACCAGAACAAAAAGGGCGGGGCCGCCGUGGCAAUCAUCACCACUGACAACAUGGAGGACGACACCCCCGAGGGCCUCCAGGCUUCCCCUCAAAUAGUCACUGUGGCGACCCUCUCCCAUGACUCUGAGCCCGCAACACCGACCACCUCCAAUCACCUGGAGGAAGAUGAAGAGGAGGAGUUUGAAUAGACAACCGGUAUUCAUUUAUGUUCAAAGCGCUGACUUCCUGUUAGUGGAGGUCAUCGCAGAGACUGCUGGCGUGGCUGCUUUCUUUUUACAGAUGCUUCAUGGGGGGGGGGGAACAAAAAAAAAGACUAGAGAUUAGCUUCAUUCAAAACAGUCCACCGCCAAAAACAAAAUGAUGAAAUACUGUACACUUAUGAAAGAUAAGCUCUCAUUUGUACAACAGAUCUAUCAUGGGUCCAUAGGAGGUGGGGGAAAAGUGAGAGUCAUUUUAAGAUUAACACAAGAAAAAGCAUUCAAUAAUGAUUUUCUUUUUCUAAAUUGUGUUAACACCUAUCUCUAUGCACAAAGUUGUGUACCGGUUUCUUACCUGUCGGACAGGGCUGAGGGUCAAUCAAGGUACAGGACUGUUGCAGAGGCGAGGCAGUCUUGGGAAAGUGUGCGCGUGUGUGCAAGUCAACCUAUGAUCUAGAUUGUGCGCGUGUGUUUGUGUGCGUGUUCUCAACAGUCAUGAAGAGGAUCUACCAAAUUUGAGUUUUGUCCUCCCAUCUGAUUCAGGUGUUGAUUCCUUUAUGAACUGUUACAAAAGAAAAGGAGAAUUCCUUCAACACGAAAGGAACAGAAGAAGAAAAAGCACAUAUGGAAAAAAUGUAUAUGAUGCAUUCCUAUUGCGGCUGUGGCCAUUAGAAAAAAAAAAAAAAAAGGUUUCUAUGAAGAAAACAAUCUAGCUUUCUACAACUAUGUGAGGUGAAAGCAAUACUUUAAUGACAAUCUAGUGGAACAUGUUUACAUUGUCAGGGAGGGGGGUCUGGGGAAGACAAAUAAUGAGAGCACACACACACACACGAGGUCAGUUGUUUGGUAAUUUCAGACAUUUUAUCAUCAUUGUGUAUUUGAUUUCCAGCAGCUGAAAGAGCGUCAUGUGGGACUGCGAUGAAGCUUUUGGGUUCCUGUGCUCUUCUGAAUCCCAUCCUCACCCUGCUGUGUGACCCACUACUGCCUUAACACAAGCUGAGGGAAGGUCUGAGCGAGUGGCGGGCGAGGCGGAGUGUGUGGUGAGAUGGAGCACAGUCAAAGUGCAGUGGGUGAGAGCUGUGGGGGGUCUUCAGGCUGUUUAGCCAUGUGGUGGUGAGAUAUUUCUGGUGGUGUUGUCCAGUGCGUACAGUCUUAUGAAAGUAAAAAGCAUAUUUUAUAGAAUUUGUUUUGAAAGCCAGCCCCUCCCAGUUAACACAGCAGCCCACUGUGUAAAGCUAAUUUAUUAUCCUUGAGUUGUAAUAUUUGCCUUCUUGCUGGACUUGUAUUUGUGUGAGUGUAUUUGUGUACGGCAUGUUUCAGGUUUUAUUUUUUGUUUGUUUGUUUUUUCCCCUGUAGUAUUGCUUUUCUUUUGGGUUUUUUUCCCUCCUUGCGCCAUGUAUGUUUCUUCUUUUUAGGAGAAAAGCAAAAAAAAAAAAAAAAAAAUUUGUUUCCAACUAAAACAACAAAAAAAGUUGAUCCCAAACAAAUGUAGAUGUUUUUUGGUAAUAUUUUGUGUGACAACCAACUUUUUUUUCUCCUUUGAUAUUUUCUAGAGACAUCUCAUUUGUAAAUCUUUUUCUAAAAUGUGUUCUCCGCCAUGACAUUUGAUAUUGGGUUUUUUGCCAGGUUAGCCUCAAAGGCUCCAGUUUGUGGAUAUUUCUAAAACUGGUUUGUAUAAAUGUGUUAUGUCAGUAAAAAAAAAAAAAAAAGACAACUUCAAGCAGAAAAAAAUGCUUUGCCUGCAUAACACGUGAAUAAAGUGAUUUUAAACAGC